AUGGGUAUUCAUUUAAGCUCCUCCUGGAGAACCCCUAGAGGCUGGAGGUUGAUCACCGUCACACUCGUCGUCCUGACCUUGCUGCUUGUUAUACCCCUCCAUCGACUCAGCGACGAUUCCCCGGGCGUCUACGGCCAUCUGACAAAAUAUCUCAGCCAUGAGGGUGCUGCCUACGAUGUCGAAGAAGGCUUCGUCGCCAACCUCAACGAAACGACCAACGAGCAAAUAUUAAAUGAUGAAGAACCCGUCCGAGAGAUCUCUUACGAUACAGACUCACCCCAAUACACUGGCGAGGAGGACAAAGAGCCCCCCAAGAACGUCGAGACGCCUUCUGUAGCCCAGCAGCCAGAAGGCGAUAGAAGACUGAACGAUGACGAUGAUGGAUCAGUGCUUGAAGUCGAUCGCAGCACCGAGAGCGAACUCCCCCCUAGCAUACAAAUCCACAGCACACCAACCUACAGCGAGGCACCUGAAGAGACCAACAAACCAGAGAGCAUUGAGAUCAAGCCGCAGGGUGAUGAAUUCAACGAGCACAAGGGAAACAGCGACAAGCCCCAUCAAGUCGAGAAUAAAUUUCAUGAUAACGAUGAUGAGCGACCUGGCGAAAUUAAGGUUCCUGACCUGGCGCAGAAACAUGAGUACCUGGAAAACGAAGACGGCAAUGGCGCAACGGCAACUAAAGCUUCUGAAGUAGUGAGCUCCACGACCAGCGUCGCAGGAGAGUUUACCCCUUCACAAACGGCAGAAUUGGAUGUUCCCUCGGGCCCUCUGUCUAAUUGGACUGGUGUUUGCGAAGGAUUCCCUAAUACGGAUGGCAUCAUGCUUGUCAUGAAAACGGGUGCUACUGAAGCUUUCACCAAGCUCCCGGCCCAUCUCCUGACGAGUCUGCAAUGUCUGGACGACUAUCUCCUAUUUUCUGACUUGGACCAACAAAUUGAUAAGUACCAAAUCUACGAUGUCCUGAAGGAUGUCAAGGACGAUGUCAGGAAAGGCCGAAAAGAGUUUGAUCUUUACAAGGCACAGGUUGAUUGCCCAAUCCCCCAACAGUAUUGCACCGCCGACAUGACCGGCAAGGAUGGCUGGAAUCUUGAUAAGUACAAAUUCCUCCAUAUGGUUGAGAAAGCCUGGGAGAUGCGCCCUAAUAAGGAGUGGUAUGUGUUCGCUGAGGCCGAUACCUACGUCUUCUGGCCGAACUUGGUGUGGUACCUUCGCAACAAGGUCAAUGGCACAGAGACUCCGUAUGUCGGAAGUGUCGCGAUGCUCAAAGGCAAGCCCUUUGCUCAUGGAGGUAGUGGCUAUGUCAUCCAUGGUGACACCAUGAGGAAGAUGGCCCAGAUCCCUGACCUGGCACACAAGUACGACAUGAUGGCCACGCACGAAUGUUGUGGCGAUUACCUCAUGUCCCUUGCUGUCAUGGAGACAGGCAAGAAAGUCAAACAGGCGCACCCAAUGUUCAACGGCGAGAAGCCGGUUACUUUGCCCUUUGGUAACAACCACUGGUGCGAGCCCCUCCUGACUAUGCACCACAUGGACCCCGAGGAGGUCAGCAAUGCCUGGCACUUUGAGAAGACUCGACAGAAGAAGGGCCCUGUUCAAAUCCGGGAAAUGUACCAUCAGUUCUGGGCCCCCAAGCUGGAAUCGGAACACGAUGAAUGGGACAACUUAUCUGAUGAUGUCUGCUAUAUCGGUUUCGGCGCUGACGCCCAAGCCAAGGCCUCGGAUCACCAAAGGAAUCGACAAAGGAAGGAGGGUGACAAGAAUGCCGUCGAGCAGCAGGCGCACCGUUCCAAAGAGCAUUGUGCCAAGGUUUGUGAAAGUGAUGGCCUCGGCAUAUCUGAGAAUGAUUACUACGGCCUCAAGGAUGACAAUGAGCGCAACAAAAUGAUCAAGAACCGUUACAACCAAAAGAGGGGCGACAAGAACUGGAAUGGCAGCCGCCGUUGCUUCCAAUGGCGCUACCACAACAACGUUUGCUGCGUUGCCAAAAGUUUCAAGAGAGGAAAGCCUCGCAGGGAACCAAAGCCAGAGGAGAAAUGGACGAGCGGCUGGUUCGUCCAGGGCAUCAACGACUGGAUUGAUGCCAAGGGCGACUGCACACCCAACUGGAAGGACCCCAGAUAA